AGCGCACCUUUCCACGUCAGGAAGGAGGAAGACGCGCAGCAGCAGCCGCAGCAGCCGCUUUCCCUUCCACUCGCUCCCGUGUGACGUGAGUGUGAGCCGCUGUGUAAACCUCUCCGGUCGCCGCUGGUCCUCCCGCGCUGUGGGAUGAGUUUCAUGAACAGCUGGAAGCGAAGCGUGAAGAAACAUGACAGCAAAAGGGAUGCAAUGAAUCCACAAGACGUACCUGACAGCCCGGACUCCCCGAGCCGGUUGUCAGAUGUAAACAGUCCAGAGCUGGACUCCAUCAUCACAGACUUCAAGUUACAGAUACCGGACGACAAAGAUGGUCUGGAGUCAACAGAUCCAUCGAAUGGCUGCUCGCGGUCAGACCUGACGCUGGCUCUCGAGGACUGUAUGGCCGCCCUGGAUCUGUUCCUCAGAAACGACUUUGAGGAGGCGCAGGCGCGGCUCAGAUGCAGAAACAAAGACAGCAUGUACCACGCUCUGACCUACGCCACCAUUCUAGAAAUGCAGGCCAUGAUGACCUUCGAUCCUCAACACAUCCUAGUUGCAGGGAACACCAUGAAGGAGGCGCAGGCUAUCUGCCAGAGAGGAGCUCCAUGCUGAAGUUUGUUACGCCGAGUGUCUCCUGCAGAGGGCAGCGCUCACCUUCCUUCAGGAUGAAAACAUGAUCAGUUUUAUCAAAGGAGGAAUCAAAGUGAGGAACAGCUACCAGACUUACAAAGAGCUUCACACAGUCCUGCAGUCCUCCGGAUACACUCAUGGUGACAACCAUGGGCAUUUUGAGGGUGGCGUGAAACUGGGAGUGGGAGCUUUUAAUCUAAUGAUUUCCAUGUUGCCUACUCGGACACUCAAGCUGCUGGAGUUUGUCGGUUUCUCUGGUAAUAAGGAGUUUGGUCUCCAGCAGCUUCAAGAGGGCUCAGUAGAAAGUACAUUCAGGUCCUUCCUGUGCAACAUGCUUCUCCUCUGUUAUCACACGUUCAUGAGCUUCAUACUAGGCACUGGAGAAGGAGACGUUGAGGAUGCAGAAAAACUGCUGGAGCCAUAUCUUAAAAAAUACCCCAAGGGAUCCAUCUUUUUGUUCUUUGCUGGUCGGAUAGAAGAGAUCAAAGGCAACCUGGAUGCUGCUAUCAAGCGUUUUGAGGAGUGCUGCGAGGCUCAGCAGCAGUGGAAGCAGUUCCAUCACAUGUGCUACUGGGAGCUGAUGUGGUGCUUCACUUACAAAAGGCACUGGAAGAUGGCCUACUUCUACGCUGAGCUGCUCAGCAAGGAGAACUCAUGGUCCAAGGCUACCUAUGCAUAUAUGAAAGCAGCCUACCUCAGUAUGCUGACUGAGGAUGAUUGCCUAACCUUUGGGGAGACAGCACUUAGUCUGUUCAGGCAGGUCCCAGGGCUCAAGCAGAAAAUAGCAGGAAAGUCUUUGCCAACGGAGAAGUUUGCUAUCAGGAAAGCCCGCCGCUACCUGGCAGAAAAUCCCGUACCUCUUCCUGCUCCUCCGCUGGAGAUGAUGUACAUCUGGAACGGUUAUACAGUCAUUGGCAAACACAAAGACUUAACUGAAGGCAUGCUGAAAACACUGGAUGAGGCACAGGCUCAACUUGAAAGUCUACCAAGAACGGAGUUCUCCAUAGAUGAUCAGUGUUUGCUGAGCCUCCUGAAGGGACUGUGUCUCAAACACUUGGGUCACCACGAGGAGGCAGAGCACUACUUUACCCUCGUCCUCUGCAAUGAAACUCAGAUCAAGUAUGACCACUACCUGGUCCCCAAUGCCCUGCUGGAACACGGCCUGCUGUGUCUGCAGCAAGGCAGAAAAGAUGACGCUAUCAAACUGCUAGAAACAGCAAAGCAAAAUUACAAAAACUACUCGAUGGAAUCACGGACACACUUUCGUAUACAGGCUGCUUUGCACAAGGCCAAAGGCAGCGGGGAGAAUGGUAUCCAUGUGCCCUCCAGCCCAUAACAAACAGAGGACGGCACACUAAGGAAAGACAGCAUUUGUCUCCUACAGUCUCAUCAUGCCAACACACAGACCAGGACAGACCUGAUUAUUAGGGAAUAAUUUGUUAGUUUUCAUCAAGAGGCUAGGGGAAGAGGCUUUUCCUCAUGUGUGCCAAGCAACUGCAGCUCUGACUGGCUUCGGUGGAUUUGCCCUCUUCCAGAGAUCCUCAUGAACUUUACUUCCUUCUGAUUUAAAAUGGAGACUAAUUAUGAAAUGUGCCUAUAUUUAUGAAACAUUGCUUCUAGCGGGGUCGUCUGUCUAGCACUGUGGCCACCUGUAAGUGGUGCACUGGAGUACAAAACACAAUCAGAUUUAUUUGGUGUAUAUUCUAAGUUGCCUCUGCUAAUACCCCGAGGGUAGAACAUUCCCGGUGCAGGGUACUGAGUCUGCGAUUUGAUGGAGCCAGAGUACCAAACAACCUUUACAGAAAUGACUGACACUAGCUUCUCCAAGUCAUUUGAUCUGGCUGCUGCAGAGUUUCCCAUUUUUUGUGUAGAAUAUAAAUGAGCGAUUAUUUAAAAAUAAAAAUGACACACAGUGAUGUUUUGUUAAGUCCCUGAGAACUAGGAGAUUCCUUGUAAUUGGUUACUGAUCAGCAAUAUAAUCAAAAAUGAUAUGUUGUUUAAAUUUUUACACUAAACUUUGGUUUAUUCUGUU